CCGUGUCGCAGAAACGAUGGACAGUGGUGCUCGACGACGACAGAUGAGAAAAAAUCAGUGCGAUUCUUAACGAAUCGAAAGUCGGACCAUAAACAGUAAAAGUACGAGAAAGAAUGGCGUGCCUGAAGCUUUACCUUGUUCUGCUCUUGGCCAUUGCAAUUGGCGUAGCAGUUGCAAAACCGGGAUAUUUAGGCUAUGGAUAUGGUUUCUAUCCGUACAGCUAUGGAUUUAAAUUCCCAUUCUACGGCUAUGGUCAUGGUUACGGAUAUGGACAUGGAUAUGGACAUGGAUAUGGUGGCUAUGGCGGAUACGGAUAUCCGUACGGUGGUUACGGUGGUUACGGUCAUUACGGUUACCACGGUUAAGAUGGACACGAAGCAACGGCCUUUUUCUGGAUUUUCUCUCUGGAACAACAUCUGAAGAUUGAGCUUAGUUCAAAGAUGAUUCAUAUCGUUUCCUCCUUAUCGCAUCUUUUUGACGACAAGAUUGAUCCAACGCCGCCAACAUAUUUAUCCGUAUAAUGCUUGUGUCAGAUUGUACACGCAGUAUGUCUAUGGCAAAAUUCUAAAAAAAAAA